AAGCGAUUAUAAGCGCUUCCCAUAUGCAAAGCUUCACUAUUAUUUAAGACUACUCCCAGUAUAAUAUCAUCAUAAAUGAAAAUGAAAUAGAAUUGUUUUUUUCUUCUUCCUUCUUUUUUUGGCAUUGGAAUAACAACUCCAAAAGACAUAAAACGUCCCAGUGUGAUAAGAAGUUCCGGUUGCACUAACAAUGUACUCUGGGUGGUGGCAGCGAGCUUGUAGCUCAGCUAACAACGAAUCGCAUACUCUCUCCAUCACUUUCAUUCCAAACCCAGUGCAGCAGGGAUAAUAACCCAUCCUGCCACGGCAACCGACAGAAAGAUCUUUGAUUGGCCCAGCAAGUGUGUCGGCCUCGAGAAGUCCGAGUUGAUUGGUUUGCUGAGGCAUCAGUCAAUAGGAGAAAGGGUCCGGCAGAACUGCGUAAGGAGGCGGCCUUGGGAUCCUAUAGCUCCGCCCCUGUCCCACCCGCCGUGUCUCCCAGGGUCUGGCUGCUGUGCGUAGUGCUGUUGUACGGCCGUAGGCUAGAUAAGAACUUUGUACGCUGCCGGCUCUUGAGGGACAAGAUAUGGCCGAAAUCCCCCGGGGCUAGGAACUUCCGCAGCCAUAGCCUACCCUGUCCGUAGCAUUCGUUUGUGUCCUGUCCUGCGGAGCGCACUGGUGCCUUUGUGUGUCCUGCUGUGGAGAGGGCUAAAAGGAGGAGACUGCGAGGGUUAUCGUACACCCACCGGCCGCCGCACGGCAAGCAACGUGAGCACUUAGCCCCGGGCAGGCACCGGCGGAGACAGAGCUGCUAGUAUACCUGCACUUGUACAAGGUGCCGGCCCACCUGUGCUCCUGUCCCUUUCCCAGGUUCCUUCCAUUCAUUCUGUGAGGCUGUUGCUCAGUCCCAGGCUGCGCAUUCAUUCUGUGCUGCUGUACUUUCCCAGGCUGCCCAUUCAUUCUGUGCUGCUACCUUCUUUCAACCUGCCCUAUUCUUCCCAGCCCUUCCCCUCCACUGUAGGCAGCCUGAAGACCUUGUUGAGCAUGGUGCAGGCACAGUGUCCCCAGCAAGACUUCUCUGUUGUUUUACUCUGCCUUUCACUGCUCUGGUGACUGUAAAAUCAAGCCAAUCUCCUUUGCAUUUACUUCUGGCUGCCCUGUGCACUAGUGCUUCAUUUCUAACUACCCCCACCUUGCUUUCCUUUCUUUCUGUCUCUUGCUAUAUAUAUAUAAAUACCUAGUAGUGAGCUGACAUCUUUCCCUUUUUGACAGUCACACCCACUUUGUUUUCUCAGUGGUGCACCCCCUUCAUUCUGCACCAUUCCCCUUGAUCCAGUCUAGAUGACAUACCUAUAUUCCUGGUGCUGUGCCCUUUUGCCUCUACCAUGGCUCCUGUGCUAACCUCAAGCUUCGAUUUAUUGGAAACUUCAGCAGAUUGAUCCGUGGAAAAUAAGCCCCCUUAGGCAAUUUGCCUUCUCUACGUGGGCAGGAUAAUACUCAUUUACUUUUAGCUAUUUAGAAUUGGGACUGGAGAUCAGUGAAUCGUUGGGAAAAUGUCAACGCCAAACAGGUUCAAGAAAGACAAAGAAAUCAUAGCAGAAUAUGAAAGCCAAGUAAAAGAAAUCCGAGCCCAACUAGUAGAGCAGCAGAAAUGUUUGGAGCAGCAGACAGAGAUGAGAGUUCAGCUUCUUCAGGACUUGCAGGACUUCUUUCGUAAGAAGGCAGAAAUAGAGACUGAGUAUUCACGGAACUUGGAGAAACUGGCUGAGAGAUUUAUGGCCAAAACAAGAAGCACUAAAGACCAUCAACAAUACAAGAAAGACCAAAAUCUAUUAUCUCCUGUGAACUGCUGGUACUUGCUUUUGAAUCAAGUUAGAAGAGAGAGCAAGGAUCAUGCAACACUAAGUGACAUCUACCUAAACAAUGUCAUAAUGCGCUUUAUGCAGAUCAGCGAAGACUCAACAAGAAUGUUCAAAAAGAGCAAAGACAUUGCAUUUCAACUACAUGAGGAUCUAAUGAAAGUUCUCAAUGAACUGUAUACGGUAAUGAAAACAUACCACAUGUAUCAUGCAGAAAGCCUCAAUGCUGAAUGUAAGCUGAAAGAAGCCGAAAAGCAAGAGGAGAAACAGAUAGGGAGAUCAGCAGACCCUGUGUUUCAUUUACGGUUAGAGGACAAGCACCAAAGACGGAGUUCUGUCAAGAAGAUAGAGAAGAUGAAGGAGAAACGGCAAGCCAAAUACUCUGAGAACAAGUUAAAAUCCAUUAAAGCACGAAAUGAAUACUUAUUAACACUGGAAGCCACAAAUGCUUCAGUUUUCAAGUAUUACAUACAUGACCUUUCGGAUUUAAUUGAUUGUUGUGACCUUGGCUACCAUGCAAGCUUAAACCGGGCUUUGAGAACAUAUCUCUCCGCUGAAUACAACCUUGAAACGUCUCGACACGAAGGACUGGACAUUAUAGAGAAUGCGGUAGACAAUUUGGAGCCAAGGAAUGAUAAGCAAAGAUUUAUGGAGAUGUACCCUACUGCCUUUUGUCCACCAAUGAAAUUUGAAUUUCAGCCACAUCUUGGUGAUGAGGUUUGCCAGGUUAGCGCUCAGCAGCCACUGCAGGGAGAACUUAUUCUGCGCUAUCAGCAGCUUCAGUCUAGACUGGCGACAUUAAAUAUAGAAAAUGAAGAGGUGAAGAAAACAACAGAAGCCACUCAACAGACCAUUCAAGAUAUGGUUACCAUCGAGGACUAUGAUGUAUCUGAAUGUUUUCAACACAGUCGGUCCACUGAGUCUGUAAAAUCUACAGUGUCUGAAACGUACUUAAGUAAACCAAGCAUAGCCAAGAGGCGAGCAAACCAACAAGAGACAGAGCAGUUUUAUUUCAUGAAGUUUAGGGAACAUUUAGAAGGAAGCAAUCUCAUCACAAAACUUCAAGCUAAGCAUGAUUUACUUCAGAGAACUCUCGGGGAGGGAAGAGGAGGUCACAGAGCAGAAUACAUGACAACUAGGCCUCCAAAUGUACCCCCUAAGCCCCAGAAACAAAAGAAGCCCAGGCCCCAAUCCCAGUAUAUUACUAAGUUGUUUAACGGGGAUCUUGAAUCCUUCAUCAAGGAAUCAGGGCAGAUCAUUCCUCUUAUCGUUGAAAGCUGUAUCAGGUUCAUAAACUUGUAUGGGCUUCAGCAUCAGGGCAUAUUCAGAGUAUCUGGGUCCCAGAUAGAAGUCAAUGAUAUUAAAAAUGCCUUUGAAAGAGGCGAGGAUCCUUUGACAGAUGACCAAAACAACCAUGACAUCAACUCUGUAGCAGGAGUAUUGAAGCUUUACUUCCGGGGCUUAGAAAACCCACUCUUUCCUAAGGAAAGAUUUAAUGACCUAAUAUCAUGCAUCCGAGUAGAAAAUCUCUAUGAGAGGGCCAUUCACAUUCGCAAGAUCCUUUUGACAUUGCCCAGGACUGUGCAUAUAGUCAUGAGAUACUUGUUUGCCUUCCUGAACCACCUUUCUCAAUACAGCGACGAGAAUAUGAUGGAUCCCUAUAACCUGGCAAUAUGCUUUGGGCCCACUUUAAUGCCUGUUCCAGAUAUACAAGACCAGGUGUCCUGUCAGGCUCAUGUGAAUGAAAUUGUUAAAACCAUCAUCAUUCACCAUGAGGCAAUUUUCCCAGAUGCUAAAGAGCUGGAGGGUCCGGUAUAUGAGAAAUGCAUGGCUGGGGAUGACUACUGCGAUAGCCCAUAUAGUGAGCAUGGCACUUUGGAUGAAGUGGAUCAAGAUGCUGGUAAUGAAACCCACACUAGUGAAGACGAAUGUGAGCCGAUUGAAGCCAUUGCUAAGUUUGACUACAUUGGAAGAUCUGCCAGAGAGCUGUCGUUUAAAAAAGGGGCUUCACUUCUCUUGUAUCAUCGUGCAUCCGAAGACUGGUGGGAAGGAAGGCACAAUGGGAUCGAUGGCUUGGUACCCCACCAGUACAUUGUGGUGCAAGACAUGGAUGAUACAUUCUCAGAUACACUGAGUCAGAAAGCAGACAGCGAGGCAAGCAGUGAACCUGUAACAGAAGAUAAGUCAUCAUCAAAAGAUCUGACCUCUCCAUCUGACCGUCACCCUGAUUUCUAUUUAGCCCGGCAAAGGCGAAGAGUUGAACCUCCUCCUUCUUCUCGUCGUUCGGGCAGGACAAGUGACAGCCACUGUCCUGUGCACCCUACCCAGUCUGGCAAAUCGGUCAGCAAUCACACUUCAAUGGAAAUUGGAACAUCCAAUAUGAACCUGUCAAGUCAUUGCAGCCCACGCGCUCUUUUGCAGAAUCGCAACUUAAACACUGACAGUCCAGAACGUCGACGCAAACCCGGUCACGGCAGCCUGACCAACAUCAGUAGACAUGAUUCUUUAAAAAAGAUAGAUAGCCCACCAAUAAGAAGAUCCACAUCAUCAGGGCAAUAUACAAGUUUUAAUGAUCACAAACCUCUUGACCCAGAAACUAUUGCUCAGCAGGAUAUUGAAGAGACCAUGAACACAGCCCUGAAUGACCUCCGAGAGCUUGAGCGUCAAAGUUCUGCCAAACAUGCUCCAGACGUUGUGCUGGAUACACUAGAUCAAGUGAAGAACUGUCCUUCCACCGCAUCGUCCACAGAAUCCCUGAGCCCACUACACAAUAUCCUACUAAAGAAUGCUGAGCCUCAAAUCCGCCGCAGCACCAGUACUUCUAGUGACCCAAUGAGUACAUUUAAGCCCAUGGUGACACCCAGGAUGGGCGUCCAGCUGAAACCUCCUGCAUUAAGGCCAAAACCCAUUGUUCUUCCAAAGACUAACCCUGGAAUAGGGCCAUCUCAAACUGCACAAGGGCCCGCAGACAAAUCCUGCACAAUGUGACCUUAUGUUACAAUUCUUUGGAUCAAGGAGUGAGGAACAUGUUAGUAAUUGGAGUUGCCAUGCUUUUAUAGUUAGUAGUGUCAAACCUCUGUAAAUACACUAGGGCAUUUAGAAACCAACUGGACUGUUUAAAUGUGCGGUUUACAAGCUUAGAGACACAUAGAUAUUACUUGAAGAUUUAAUGCUGCACAAUUUGUAUAGAAUGCAAGAUAGAUCACAGAUGGCUUCCCACUUAUAAAAUAUAUCAAAGAUUGCCAUUGCUUAUGCAUAUAUUUCAACAGGUUUGAAACAUAGAUAUGUGGUUUUAUUUUACAACUCAUAGUGAGUAUGGAAUCUGUAGCUGUCUAUCCGGUUUGAGGGUUAACCUGAAAAGCUAAUUGUGGUUUGGUAACACCUCUUCUUAACAUUCCUCUGGGGCCUUACUGCUCAGCCUAUACAUUUCAAAGUAGCCAUCGGCUCACUGCAAACAAAUCCGAAUCUGGGGAAAAUAAGGAAAGCUGCAAGCUUUUGUAUUGGGUAAUGAAGAUGUUGAUAUCCAUUAUCUAAUAUAAUGUAACUGUGUAUGUUUCUCAUUGUCUGAAAAAGAUGCUUCUUGCAACUAGGAUGAGGUCCAUGUGUAUAAGGUAUAUGCUGCAUGUACAAUUUGCAUAGGAUGUAAGGUACCUCUGUAUUUUUAUAUUGAUAGCUAUACAAAGAGGAACAAAUUCACACUGUACAGGGAAGAGCAAAUACUUCCUAAGCAUGUUCUUUGCCUUGAAGAUGGCAAAAGCAGAAAAUAAUUUUCUAGUUGCUCAUCCUUUGGAGAUUGCUCACUACUAGAGAGCCGAAAUAAUGCAGUCACAGUAUUAGAAGUGAAUCUCCUGCCAGCAUGGCUGGCUGUAUUGCCAUUGUUAUAUUUAUAUAUAUAUAUUGCAGUUUUAUUAUAUAUUUUAUCUGUUUUGACUAUAUAUCGAGUUGAAUUAAGAGAGCAGAUUUACCGAAGGUUUAUUCUUUCUCCAAAUAUGUCAGGGCACAUAUUAACAAGCAGUGUAGAAUACAAAUGCUAGUAUUCAUUUUAGUAAUUUGUGUAGCACAUGCCUUAAGGUUCAAUGGCCUUGCAUUGUUUUGAUGGCUGAGAAACAUACAUUGGUACCAUAUGUAUGUAAUUUUUGUUACUGUGUCUUACAAGACUUUUUAAGACUUUCUUUCUUGUAUACAUGUUUUUGAGAUGUACAACAUGAAACUUGUGUAUUAUUAUAAACAAAGUACCCCAUGUUGCAAAAUAUUAGGAUAUUAGAAGUCAUCUGUGAGCUCCAUGACCUGUUAUUCUUAUAUUUUACACGGGGUACUUUAUAUAUAUAUAUAUAUAUAUAUAUAUAUAUAUAUAUAUAUAUAUACACACAAACACUUUGCGUACACCAAGUCACUGAACCACUCGAUUAUUUUUAAUUUUCACAAUUUUAAUGGUUCAAAUGUUGCAAGUUAAAGCAUAUGCAAGAGGAUUUUAAUGUUUUUAUGUUUUAUGAUUAGGAUGCCAUGGCCCAAAUAAGCAGGUUUUGCCCUCUCUGGGACACAGUCCAAUACCUGAAUCCUGUACAGUUCACAAACAGUUCUGUGUAGCUUAGAUUUAAACCACAUUUGUGUAAAAAAAUUUACAGGGGGCAGUUUGCUGUAAAAAUCUAAAUAGAGGACAAGUAAAAAGAAAUAAAAGUCUGCUGGUUGUUUGUAAUACAGUUGUGCAGUUCACCAGCCCUACUGUAAUACUGACUAUGACAUGGAAACACCACGAACAUUAACCAGCCUAGUGUCUCCAUUUACGAUAGUCAACCCAUGGCUCUUCAACUAUCACAUCAAUGAGACUCCCAGCAUAAAGUGACCAGAUCACGUGUCUGAUUUGUCUCUGGUUUACAUAUUAGUUCUAUACCUCUUCCCUGCAGCCUCGAGCCUUUCAUUUAAGCUGAGCCCAGUAAAAACAAAGUAGGAACAAACUGGAAUGACCUGCAGUCAAGUUAUUCAAUUGCAAGCCUAACCUGGUACUGUUCUUUCUUAUGAUCGGACGUGUCAUAGUGUAUACAUCUUCAGAAACAGUUGGGAAUUAGUGUAUUUAAAUUAUUGUUAUGGAUUGCAUUAUACUUAUAUUAGAUUUAGUGUAGCACAAGAAUAUAUUCGAAAAAGUGUAACUGCUGAAUGGGCUUCAAGUUUUGUGUGUAGUUUGAUGGUUCUAGGUAGGAAGAGUACUGCCGGUGGAUAUCUGCGAUGGGAUGCAGAUGUUUGCAACCCAGGCCGGUGCUGGGCAAUCCUGUGCUACUUGCUCUCACAAUUCCCAGGAAUGAGGAAGCUCAUGCACAGUGUAUUGGCCUUUUACUGUCCGCUUGAUGAACUGCAGUACUGUAGUGUUCUUUUCUGUUGACUGUUAACUAUUUGUGUCAGUGUACAUCUGUAGUAUGUACAUGUGAAAGUGCCUUUAAUCUUUUAGAGGAACUUCAGAUUUUUAAUUUCUGAGUUUUACAUUUCCAUCGCAUUCAGUUGCAUUCUCAGAGAUAAUAAAAAACACACGUUUAAAAAGAAAAGCUAAAAAAAAAGAUGUAUUGUUAAUCUGUUGUGAUGAUGCACUUUUAUGUAAAGUACUGUACAUUUUGGCAUGUACCAUUGCAGGCUUCAGUAUCCAUCCAGGUUUGUUCCUCUGUAGUACUUCUUUAUAAUAAAGGAUAUAGUUAUGCCA